UUCUGAUCCCUGGAUGCGUCACUUCCCAUUACUUUGCUGUUGCUCGUUCGUUAACUGCUUUUGGUUCUUUUGCACAUGUUGAGUGAAAAGUAAAUUUAAAAACAAGAAGAUUUGUUGUUUCUUGUAAUUAUUAAUAUUGAAUAAUCAAUAAUGGGUGGUGAUGAUAUUCUUGGUGUUACAACUGGACAGCCUAAUUUAUUGAAACAAGACUUAUCAAAGCUCGAUGUGCAUCAACUUUCUCCUUUAUCACCGGAAGUCAUUAGCCGUCAAGCAACAAUCAAUAUUGGUACAAUCGGUCAUGUAGCACAUGGUAAAUCAACAAUUGUCAAAGCUAUUUCUGGUGUGCAAACUGUUCGUUUCAAAAAUGAACUUGAACGAAACAUAACCAUCAAAUUAGAGGCUCGUGCUUGUGCAGCAGAUACUAGCAGUGGAGAAAAGGCUGGACUACCAGAUGAAGCAGGCAAAACGAUCAACGGCUGUCAAAAACGGCCCAUAACUCUUGGAUGCUUUCAACCGACAGCGAAGCAGCCAAAAAUUGAUGAUCCAUUGUGUGAUUCUCAAACAUUGACGUACUUAGAAGAAAAGAGAAAAACAGAUGUAGUUGUACAUGAUAGUGAUAAUUGUUUUAUAAAAGAAUGUGAGACUAUUGAAAAUUAUGAUAAAUUUUCUCCGAUACUUCAGAGCGAUACUUCAGAUAAGUAUUUUGUUCCAAUAUCAAACAUGAUAAAACUUGAGAAAUUGAAAGAAGUAAGAAUAGUUUUAGAAGAUAUUAGUAAAACAAUGAUGAACUUGAAAAAUAAUAAAAAGAAAGUCAAAUCUGGAAAUAUAUAUGAAGUUGAAAGGAUAUUAGACAAAAGAAUUACAAAUGGCGUAAUUUUUUAUUUAGUAAAAUGGAAGAGUUGGAAUAUGGACAAUACCACAUGGGAACCAAUUAAACAUUUGAAUGAUUGUCCAAAGGCUCUAAAUGAUUUUGAGGAAAGUAGAAUUAAAUCAUUAGAAGAUUUUCAAAUGAAAAUUCAAUUUUAUCCGAAAAGACGGGAAGUAGAGAGAUUCAUGAAGAAAUUAGUUAAUGAUGGUGCAGAAUUUGAUGAAUCUGAAUUGGAAGCAGAAGAUUAUUUAUUCAAGAAGAUAAAGCAAUAUACUAGAACGACUCAAAUGAAACGUGAUAGUAUUAUAGAAAAAGUGAAAGAAGGUAUUUUACGACUGCAGCUCACGAAGGAGAGAAAGAAAACGAAUAUCUCGUUGAAAGAUUGGGAACAUGAAAUUAACAGUAUAACGCAAGGCAAACCUAUGAUACGCGUUGAAAAUAUGGUAGACUUGGAAUGUGCGCCACAAGAUUUCUUAUAUAUUGAGGAUUACUUACCAGGUUUAAAUGUAACGAUUCCAGAAGAUCCGCCAAUUGGCUGUGAGUGUACGACUUGCGAUUCAAAGACUAGAUGCUGUUUUGCUCAAUGCGAGAGUUCAUUUCCUUACACGUCAACAGGUAAAAUUCGUUUACCUCCCGGCACACCAAUUUACGAGUGUAAUAAACGUUGCCGCUGCCCUCCAGACUGUCAAAACAGAAUCGUUCAGCGAGGCUCUCAAGUGAAACUUUGCGUCUUUAGAACCGCGAACGGUAGAGGUUGGGGAGUUAAAACAUUGAGGAAAAUCAAGAAAGGGACAUUUGUUACACAGUACGUUGGCGAAGUCAUCACUAACGAGGAAGCUGAGAAACGCGGUAAAGAAUACGAUGCUGCGGGACGAACUUAUUUAUUCGAUUUAGAUUAUAACGAUACGGAAGAUCAGUGUCCCUACACUGUAGACGCGGCUGUUUACGGAAAUGUUUCGCACUUUAUCAAUCAUUCUUGUGAUCCUAAUUUGUCAGUCUACGGCGUUUGGAUUGAUUGCUUAGAUCCCAAUCUUCCGAAAUUGGCUCUAUUCGCUACAAAGAACAUUGAACAGAACGAAGAACUUACAUUCGAUUAUAUGUGUCAGUCAAUUAGAAUGCAUGAAAAAAAUAAAACUUGUACCGCUCAAACUCUGAAUGGAUCUUUAAAUGUUCCUUCGGAAUCGCGAAAAAGAUUGGAACUACCAUUAACCUUGUCUGAAGAAGAUGUAACUUUUGAAAAUCGGACUAGAUGUCGUUGUGGAUCAAAGGUCUGCAGGCAGUAUUUAUUUUAAAUAGUCUUUCGAGUCUUUCAAAGAAUUAAUCAGAUCAUGCUUUAGUGGAAAUCUCGACAAAAGAAAAUAGCAAAAUAUUUGACACAUUCAUCAUUAUUAUGCUCUGUAGCUCAUGUAUAGUAUCUUAAAUGAGUUUCUUACUCAUCAUGUGCAAACAAAAAAUCGAACGCGAAUUUACAUACAAAGCAGAAUAAUCACGCAUAUAUAUUUAUAUAUACUUUCAAAAAAAGCAAUCUAUACAUGUAGUUUUUGAUAUAACAUAUUUCACUUCUUAUUCAUUGUUAACAAUUAUUAUUAUUA